AUGGACAUAUCGCCAAUAUUUUUCUGGCGCGAAACCGGCCAAGAAGGCUACCUCUCUCAAUGGUGGACCAAAGACCCCUUUACCUCUCCGUCCUCACCCGCAUCACCGCCCAUCACCUUCAAGACGGCAGAGCACUACAUGAUGCACGACAAGGCCCUUCUCUUCUCCGACGCAGACGUCGCGCUCUCCGUUCUAAAAGCAGACCACCCGCGCAAAGUCAAGACGCUCGGCCGCAAGGUCAAGGGCUUCGACGAGGCGUUGUGGAACGCCAACAGGGAGCGUAUUGUCCGAGAAGGAAACCUACUCAAGUUCCGCUGUGCGCCGGAGCUAAAGGAAAAAUUGCUGGCGACGGGCGAGCGAGAGCUGGUUGAGGCAAGCCCGUUGGAUCGCAUCUGGGGCAUCGGGUUCAGUCCCGAGAAAGCGCCGGCGUCGGAUCGGAGCUGUUGGGGUUUGAACUUGCUGGGGAAGGUGUUGAUGGAGGUUAGGACGACGUUGAGAAAGGAACAGGAGAGGGAGAGGGAAAUCGAGGACGAGAAGGACAAGAGCAAGGCUAGGAGGAGACGAGUCCAGUUGCAGGAUGAAGCGGAGCAGAAUGAAGAGGGCACGUUCAAGACACGGCGGGUGGGAGACGGGAAGGACUGA